CCUGUUAUUGUUAGCUAUUUAGCAUUGUCAUGCUUUGUUCUUGUGAUGAGAAUUUUGUAACUCUUUAACAUGCAUACAUCAUAUCCGAGACAUAAAAGAUCCAGAGCAUCCUUAUUCUUUAGAAGAGCUUAAAGUUAUUACAGAAGACUCCAUUGAAGUAGAUGACACGAGAAGCUGUGUCAGGGUCACAUUCACCCCAACCGUUGAGCAUUGCAGUAUGUCUACCAUCAUUGGCCUAUGCUUGCGAGUGAAGCUCAUGUGGUCUCUGCCUUCCCGCUAUAAAGUUGAUAUUAGACUUGCACCAGGAUCACAUGUAUCUGAAGCUGCAGUAAAUAAGCAAUUGAACGACAAAGAGAGAAUCACGGCUGCCUUGGAAAGUCCUUACCUUGCGGAUGUGGUCGAUGAAUGCCUUGCUCCUUCUUAUCAAUCUUGACCUAAUAGCUAGACAACAUAUGACAUGAGUCUUUGCUACUUAUACUGUCUGUAAUGCACACCGAGAACAUCUUUCAUGUCUUUCUUAAAAUUUGUGUAGCUUUACUGAUUUUUGUUGGCAGAUUGAUUGUUUCUCUUUUCCCUCAAAUAUUUAUUAAAUGCUAUAAACAGUCCCUCCAUUCAUGUGUUUGUUGUUGUAUAAACUGUCACUUGAGAAUUGCUGCAACAUUUGAUUCAAUAAAUUGAUUAUAGAGAA